GCUCACCCGGCAGCUGCGAUCUGUGCAGCGCGGCUCCAGCUCUCACGGGGUUUCCCUCAGACUCUCAAGUCAGCCCUGCAGCUUCUCCAGUGGAUUACAGCCCUCAGACAGCAGCUGGCCAGAAGCAGUGACAGCCCAGCAUGGUGAACUGCUCCCAAAGCAACGACACGGUGCAGGAUGGUGUCCUGCUUUUUCAGCUGAUUAUCUACAUCCCAGUUCUUGCCCUCGGGGUCCUGCUGAAUGCAAUUGCCUUCUGCCUCUUCUGCUGCAAACUCAAGAGGUGGACCGAGACCACAGUGUACAUGAUUAACCUGAUGGUCGCUGACUGUUUCCUGCUCUUUGCCCUGCCUUUCCUGAUAUACUUCCACCAACAAGAACACCCCACAGGCAAGCUGUGCUUCACCAUACAGUGCAUCUAUUUUACAAACAUGCCUAUGAGCAUCCUCAUCAUCACAAUGAUUGCAAUUGAUAGAUACAUUGCAAUAAAGUUCCCUCUAAAAGCAAAAACUCUUAGAUCUCCACUGAAAUCAGCUUCUAUCUGUGGACUUGUAUGGAUAACACUCUUAACAUAUGCCUACUUCCAUCCAGAGUUUGAAGAAGGACAAGAACAAUUUUGCUUUCAGAAAAGAACUGUUCAGCCUAAAUAUUCGACAUUACUCUCCAUUUUAUUUGGGUAUUUUAUUCCCUUGGGGAUUGUGAUUUUUUGUUCAGUAGAAGUCAUCAAAUGCCUCAAAAAGAAGAUGUCCGCAAGCCCUCAUGAGACGAAGUUAAUCCAGAAAGCGCUCCACAUUGUUUCUGCGAAUCUGUGUGUGUUCAUUAUAUGCUUUUUACCUUUGUACACUGUACUGCUCUUGCGGUUUGCAGUGGAUGUUGCCGAAGCCUGUUCUCUGAUCCCAAAGGUUAGAGUCUCUGUUCAGAUCUUUGCAUGUUUAGCAAAUGCUAACUGCUGUUUGGAUGCUUUUUGCUAUUACUUUGCAGCCAAGGAAUUUCAGGAAACUUCCUCUCUGCUCCCCCCUUGUAUUUUCGUGAGGUCGAGGAUGAAUCAAAGCCAAGAUUCACAGCAACCCACAGAUCAAGUCAUGACAUAAGAAAGAUGUAGUGCGCUAUAGACGUCAAUCCCAUAUCUCAUUCUUAAGAGCCACUGUGUUGCUGAAGUUUCAAGGCAGAGGGAAUGGAACCACCUACAAUAUCUGUAAUAUUUGUGGGUAUGGGCAUGACUGCAAAAAGGAUCAAUUCCCUCAAAGGGGUCCAAUGCUGACUUGACUUUUGUCCUUCUGACCUCAGUGACUUGAAUACAGCUCUGGCUAUUGUCUCAGAUAGUUGCAUUUCAGAUCAGGUUCACGUCUCUCCUCUUCAAGAGGGAGAUCCACAUGGUAUGGAGAGUAGAUAAGGCUGUUCUUUCGUCAUGCACUCAUUUGUACAUGUAACAUAUGCAUGCAGCUAAACAAGAGGAACUGAGCUCCCUUGCAGCAAUGCACAAAUCCACUUCUAGUACUUUAAUACAUAUGGUCAUUAAAAAAAAAAAAGUCACUGUACUACAAACCAAAGCCUACGAUAUCUGUACCGCUCACAUUAAAAAAUUUGCCUGGGCAGUGGUAGUUUCCUAACAACCAAUAUAUUUCUGAUGUC